AUGGAUGCUCUACGUUCCUUUGUGUCCCAAACGUCUGUGUCAGAAGUGAUUUUACAACGCACACUAUGUGUAGCGCUUGCAUUGCUCGCGUGCGGUCUGAUAAGCCUGCGGUUGAUAGCACCUGCUAUUUUCACUAAGCGUCCAGCCCGGUCAUCCCUCGAUGAGCUUCCACAUUUUGUAACAGAGAACGAUGUCUGGGCGAAGAUCCAGGAAGGGCAUCGUCAGUAUCCAGACCAACCCUUCGUCCUGUCUAUGCUGGGAAUGAGGGUGGUAAUCCUCCCUCAUUCAUCAAUCGAUGUCAUCAAGGCCCUGCCUGAAAGCGUUGUGUCUAUUAAACGUCACCACUACGAUGUGUUUCUGGGACAGUACAGUUAUAUGGGCACGAAAGCCGACGAGUUUGACGAGGCUAUGCGCUAUGAUCUCCAACGGAAUACGCCCAAAGUGCUUGCCUCCUUCGUAACUGAAGUUGACUAUGUUUUCAUGAAGAUUUUCGGCAAACCCCAGGACUGGCAGGCAUUCCAACCUCGCGAAUGUAUGGCUCGGGUUACCGCGUUGAUGUCCGGCCGGGCCUUCGUUGGCCUCCCCUUAAGUCGGGACGAGGAAUGGGCAGAGGCUACCGUUACCUAUACACAAGAUGUCACAAAGGCUUGGAUGGUAUUGCGAAUGAUCCCCAGUCCUCUACACUGGCUGCUGGGGCCAUACUUGCCUCAGGUUGCGUCGUUGAAACGGCACAAGGACAUGACGCAGCGGAAACUCAAGCCACUGCUCUCAAAUGAAUUAUCCGGCGAAGGAGAAGAUGACAACACCAACGAGCCAGGAGGCGACAUGAUUCGGUGGUUUCGAAAGCGAUACAAGAAGCCGGCCACGGCAGAGGAGCUGACUCGCGACCAGCUUCUGGCUACAUUUGCUUCAAUCUAUAAUUUGACAAAUGCACUAAGCUAUCUGUUGUUCGACAUUGCCACCUACCCUGAAUACAUCGAACCUUUGCGUGCCGAGUUAGAUGAGUUUAUUGGCCCAGACGGCACGAUCAACAAGGAAAAUAUCCAGAAACUCAAGAAGUUGGAUAGUUUUAUCAGAGAGUCACAGAGGCUCAGUCCGCCUUCACUUGCAAACAUGCCACGCAUCGUCACCAGUCCCGAAGGGUUAAGUCUUCCCGGAGGCUAUGUCAUUUCUUGUGGUGAAAGGGUCAUGGUUCGCGCCCAUACCCUCAAUCUUGACCCUCAACUCUGGGAAAACCCCGAGACUUUUGACGGCUUUCGCUUUGAGAAACUGCGAUCCAUCCCUGGUAACGAAUUGAAGUAUCAGCACGCUACAACCGGUGUAGACAAUAUCAACUUCGGACACGGAGUUUGGGCGUGCCCAGGCAGGCAUUUUGCAAGUAGCCAGAUGAAGGUUGUCAUGGCCUAUUUGCUUCGGCACUAUGAUAUCCAGCUAGAGGAUGGCGAGAAAAAGAGCAGGCAACAGCAUUUCGGCCUUGCAAUCGUUCCGGACACCAAGUCCAGAGUCAUGUUGAAGUAUCGAGAGGAUCGUGGAUAG